UCGAAUUUUUAUCUGUAUCGAUCUAGAGAGAGAGAGAGAGAGAGAGAUGAGGCAGAGGAAGGUGCGGCAACAGGUCUCAGAAACCCUAGCGAAGGAAUCUACAGAAGACGAUGGAGAAAUUAUCAAAGGGUUCUUCGCUUGCUAUCUAUUGGUCUCCCUCAACCCGCGUCACAAAAGCCAGACAUAUAUCGGAUUCACCGUGAAUCCACGGCGUCGUAUUAGGCAACACAACGGCGAGAUCGGCUGUGGUGCUUGGCGAACCAAGAAGAGACGCCCAUGGGAGAUGGUCUUCUGCAUCUAUGGUUUUCCUACUAACGUUUCUGCUCUACAGUUUGAGUGGGCUUGGCAGCACCCGACAGAAUCCUUGGCAGUAAGGAAGGCGGCUGCAAGCUUUAAAUCACUGUCUGGAAUGGCCAAUAAGAUUAAACUUGCAUACACGAUGCUUACACUCCCAUCUUGGCAGAGUAUGAAAAUCACCGUAAACUUUUUCUCAACAAAGUACACAAAACAUUCUGCUGGCUGUCCAAGCUUGCCAGGACACAUGAGGGUUAAAGUUUGCCCCAUGGAUGAGCUUCCUUGCUAUGUUGAAUGGGAUGGAAGCUUGAAUGAAAACGAAGAUGAAUGGGAUAAUGAAGAGUUGGAUGGAGGAGCUUGUGAUGCCAGUAAAUUUUCAGAAGACACAUCUUCAGAUUCUAUACAGGAAAACUCUGAAGAACAUGAUCACAACGGUUUUGAGAAGAUUAUCAGUGAACUGUGUGAAUCGAUUAGCGAAGGAGAAGAUUGUACAGAACUGUCUAGCUUUUCAGAAUUGAAUGGGAGACCAUCCUCAAAUGUUUGCGGUAGCUCAUUUACAAGAGAAGAUAUUGCUGAAGAUACAGUUUCGUCUACGUUUAUCAAACACAACAAUUUUGAAUUGAAACGAUCAGCAAUGGAAGAUAAUGACCAACCACCAAGCAAGCGUUAUAUUGUGCCUAGCGAAGUAGAGGUGAUAGAUGUGACGACUCCAUCUCCAGUUGUAUGCAGAAGUAGUUUGUGGGGCAAUAACUUCUGUCAAAGAGCGAGGAAUAAAGAGCACCAUACUCUACCUAGUGAAGCAGAGGUUAUAGAUUUAACGAGUCCAUCUCCUCUGCGUAGAAGCAGUUUGUUUGUGGGUUAGUUUGAUUGACUAAGACUUUACCUAAAAAGUCAUUAGAUUGGAAAUGAAUCGUUGUAGCAUAAUAAGACAGAGAUCCCAACAUAUAUUCCCUUGUUUGUUAUGGGGGUGUUGUUGUAGAAAAUGCUUGUUUUCUGUGUAAUAAUAUUAUGAUUCCUUGUGUUGAACAUUUUAUUUUAUGAAAAAGCAGUAUUCUAGCGAA